CUUCGUCUAACCAGUCAUAUGACUCUUCGUCUUCUGUCAACCUUUCAACACUUCUCUCUCUAUAUAUAUAUAUAUAUAUCGGACUCUUCAGUUUGAUUUGGAAGAAGAAGAAAAAAAAACCUAAAGAAGAACAUUCGAAAAAACCUUAGAUUUUGUUCAGAGUGUAUUUGGAGAUUCAGUUCGAUUAAAAUGGAACCUGGGUCUAGAAAAGGCAACAGGGUGGUGGUGAUCGGCGGCGGAAUCGCCGGCUCACUCGCCGCGAAAUUGCUUCAGUCCGAUGCUGACGUAACCCUCAUCGAUCCGAAGGAGUAUUUUGAGAUUACAUGGGCAAGUUUGAGAUCAAUGGUGGAGCCUAAGUUUGCUGAAAGAACAGUUAUUAACCACAAGACUUACUUGAAACAUGGCCGUGUUGUAACUUCUCCGGCGAUCAAUAUCACAAAUAGUGAUGUAAUGACUGAAGAUGGAUCUGUGAUUGGCUAUGAUUAUCUCGUGAUUGCUAUAGGUCACACUGACUUGUUCCCUAAAACUAGACAAGAGAAGCUGUCACAUUACCAAGCUGAAUAUAAAAAGAUCAAAUCUUCUGAAUCAGUUCUGGUUGUUGGUGGAGGUCCCUCUGGUGUGGAGCUAGCUGCGGAAAUAGCGGUUGAUUUCCCGGAGAAGAAGGUCACUCUGGUACACAAAGGACCAAGGUUGCUUGAAUUUGUUGGACAAAAAGCUGCUGACAAAGCAUCUGACUGGUUAGAAUCAAAGAAAGUGGAAGUGAUAUUGAACCAAUCUGUGGAUUUGAGUUCAGCUUCAGACGGAAACAAAACAUACUGGACGUCAGGAGGAGAAACUAUACACGCAGAUUGUCAUUUCCUCUGCGUUGGGAAACCUUUGUCUUCACACUGGCUCAAUGGAACUGUUUUGAGAGAUAGCUUGGAUGGUAAAGGCAGGGUCAUGGUGGAUGAGUACUUGCGGAUUAGGGGUCAAAGCAAUGUAUUUGCCAUUGGAGAUAUCACUAAUAUCCCGGAGAUGAAACAAGGAUAUAUAGCAGAGAGUCAUGCUAAUGUGGUUGUCAAGAACAUCAAAGUAAUGAUGUCGGGUGGGAAAAAGAUGUCAACUUACAAGCCCGGUUCAGAGAUGGCUAUUGUAUCUUUAGGAAGAAAGGACUCGGUGGCUCAGUUCCCUUUUAUGACAGUUAUUGGUUGCCUCCCUGGUUUGAUCAAGUCCAAGGAUCUGUUUGUGGGGAAGACGAGGAAGUCAAGAGGGCUAGAUCCUAAACUUGUGUGAUAAGGUUGAGUCUUUUAGAGUGUUUCAGGUUUCAUCUUAAGAGUUGCUUUUGUACGAGAUGUAAUCAUGUUUGUGUUAUAUUUUUCCUGAUUCAUUGUUUCAGCGUGGAGUGAGUGUGUUGGUUUGCUUAUGUUGUUGUGUAUCUUCUUUUUUAUGUAUUGAUGAUAAAUGGUUGAGUUAUUCUUGUUCGAUGUUACUGUGCAGCAGCCUUUAUCUCUUAUCUUAAGCUUCCUUAACUUCAUUAUACACCAUACAUUACAUAUUUAUACUUAGGUUAACACUUUAACCUAUAGUUUUGUAGACCAACAACAAACCCAUUAACAUAUGGGCUUAACAAUUAAACAGGCCCAAAAGAAACCAUUAACUCUUCUUCUUCAUUCACGACUUCUCCUCUAGCACAUCGAUGCUCUUCCUCGAUUCUUCUUCUUCCAAAUACUUUGAUGAUGCCAAUUUGUGGAUUAAUCAAAGAUUGACUUCCAACACUCCAUCUCAAUUCUUUCGAUUAAUCCCCAAAUUCGGCACUAGGGUUCUUAUUUCUGUUUUCCUCUGAUUGCUUCCAUUGAUUUUCUGUUCUACCACAAGACUCCUUCUCACAACAUCUGCGUAGCUCACAGGUUUGUUUCCUUGCUCCCUCGUCGACUUGCUCUUCACAAUAUCAUCAUAUUCGAUCUGACUUUCCACUUUCUCGGAUAUGACUCUUGGCUUGACUCCUUCUUUAUUCUUAUCCAUCUUAACUGAAACUUGAUCCUUUUUCUUGUUCUGCAGGUGCUCAUGCGAAUGAUUCAAAUCACUGAUCUCUUCCCUCUGAGAUAAGUGAUCUUUCUUCCUCAUUGUUCCAUUUCUCAAUUGCUCUGUUGUCCUUUUUGGUUUCGUCACUUUACUUGUAUAUGCUCCAUUCUCAUCUGCCUUUUGUUUUCCUUUGAUUCUAGUUCCCUGAAUCUUCUCUUUUGUGUGAAGGUUUGCUUCCUCUUGUGUGUGUGAUCUCUCUCAAUCAUUCCUCCUCGGUUUGGAUUUUGCACUACUCCAAGUUUGAACCGAAGAUAUUCAAACCGUCUUGUAUCGAGAGGCUUGGAUUCUUCCCAAUUGCAAUAGCAGAUGUGUUAUCGCAAUAAAUUGGAACUGCCUUGGUGGUGUCGACCCUCAAUUCUCCCAGCAGUCUCUUCAACCAUACUGCAUGAUUGGUGGCUGCACACAACGCCAUAUACUCUGCUUCUGCUGUAGAUUGUGCAAUGGUGUCCUGUUUUUGUGUCUGCCAAGUAAACACAGCACUUCCCAAGGUUUUGUUCAGUGGGUUUAGAUAAGCUCCUAGACAAGUAAGAUGCAGCAAAAGCAAGGUCAGGCCGAGUUGCUGCAAGAUACAGAAGUCCUCCGAUCAUGCUUCGAUAUAGUCUUGCAUCUGGAAGAAAAUCACUUUCACCUUGAUCUUUUCCACUUGGUUUUAGAGGUGUGCUCACAGGUUUGCAAUCCCUCAUCCCAAACUUUUCCAACAACUGUUGAGCAUACUUCCUUUGGCUCAGAAACACUCCUUCUUCAGUGUAAGUAAUCUCAAACCCAAGGAAGUACUUGAGUUUUCCCAGGUCAGUCAUUUCAAACGUUUUAUUCAAAUUUUCCUUGAACUGUUUGAUCAUUUUCUCACUACUCCCUGUAAUGAUGAGAUCAUCAACAUAAAGACUGAUAACCAUAAUCUCACCUUCGCAUUCUAGUGUGUACAUUGCUGCAUCACAGUCACUUCUCUUACAUCCUUGUGACAUAAAGUAAGAGUCAAUCUUACUAUACCACGCUCUAGGUGCCUGUUUCAAGCCAUACAGGGCUUUCUUUAACUUGUAAACCAUGUUCUCUGCUCCCUCUAUCUCAAACCCUGGUGGCUGUUCAACAUAAACUUCUUCUGUGAUUUCCCCAUUUAAAAAUGCUGACUUCACAUCCAUUUGGUGCAGGUUCCACUUAUGUUGUGAGGCUAAAGCAAUUAUGGUUCUGAUUGUGUCGUGUCUUGAUACUGGAGCAAACGUUUCACCAUAAUCUUCUCCAUAUGUUUGGGUUUCCUUACCAGUUCCCAUGUCUCAUUCUUGUUUAUGAUGUAAAUUUCAUCAUCCAUAGCAAUCCUCCAUUCCUUGCUGUUUAUAGCUUCUUCAAAGGUAGAAGGUUCUUCCCAAGUAAGAUAACAUGCUUCUGCAAAAUGAUUUGCGUCUUCUCCUUGUUCAUCUGUAUCAUGAUACACAUCAUCUAGUCUUCUGACUUUGUGAACAAUUCGCGAGGAGCUCCCAGGCUCAAUUUCUCCUUCACUUAACUGAAACGGUAUCGGAGUUAUGCCUUGUCUUUCAUCUCUGAUACUUGUUUUGAUUUCUGGACUGGUUUCAUUUCUCCUUGGAAUUUCCUCAUCCGUUUUCUGAGAUGGACUGGUCUUAUUGGGUAUCCACACAUGACACACACAGCCAAACACCUUAAGAUGACCAACAGAGGGUUUGUGACCACUCCAAGCCUCAAGUGGUGUUGUCUGGUUUAGAGCCUUCGUGGGGAGUUUAUUUUGAAGAUAAGUUGCUGUAAAUAUUGCUUCAGCCCAGAACACAUCUGGCAUACCUUUGUCUUUUAACAUGCUUCUUGCCAUGUCCAACAGGGUCCUGUUCCUGCGUUCAGCCACACCAUUCUGCUGUGUUUGAGUUUCCACCAUACUCUUGAACUUCUUGAAGGUUGCAAAUGUGUCUGACUUCAGCCUCAAAAAAUACACCCAUAGCAUAUGUGAGAAAUCAUCUGUAAAGGUUGUGUAAGUUAUGGAAGCCAGAAUGUCCGAGUCUUUUAUGCCAAAGUUCAGACAGGUUCUCCUGUUUGGCCAUCCUUACACUCUCCUCAGCUAAUUGCAUUCGUAACAGGGACAAGUAGAACAUCCUUGAUAGCUCUUACUCCCUUCUUGGUCAUCACUUCUAUGUCUCCCUUUCCUGCAGUCAUUAUUCUUUCUCCAUUUCCAAUUCUGAUAGGGAUUUGAACAGCUUUGUCUAUUUUUGUAAAUAGCCUUUCUUCCUUGGUCAUGUGACUUGUAGCACCACUAUCUAUUAACCAGAUUUCAUCACUAUUUGUAUGAUUUCCCACUUGUGCUGCACUAAACAAACCAGUCUCCUCUUCUAGUUCUGGUUGUAUUCGCCUUUUCUGACA